AUGAGUGAUUCAGCCAGAGUAACAAGCGGUAAGGUAGAUGAUUCAGCCGCUGUUGAGCUAUCCGGGAUAAUCAUUAUAGUCACCAUAAUGCUCCUGUUCUUACUAGUAUUAUUUGUGAUCAUUUUUCGCCUUUACAGCGUGAGGCACCACUUCUGGAACCGUCGCACCUCCAGAGAGGCCACGAGUUCAGACUUGCCAACUCUGCAACAGCGCCAGGGACUUGAUCCGUCGAUUCUCAGUUCUAUUAAAGUAGUACAAAUCUCUGCAGCAGAAGAUAAAUUAGGUUUAGAAUGCUCGGUCUGUCUGUGUCAAGUAUCGGAAGGAGAAAAGGCCAGAUUUUUACCUAAAUGUAAUCACGGCUUUCACAUGCAAUGCAUUGAUAUGUGGUUUCAUUCUCAUUCGACUUGUCCUCUUUGUAGAAACACUGUUUCGAAUUCCCCUGAUGACUUGGAGGCAGCUCCUCCUGUUGAUGCUGGGGGUUUGGCGAAUUCACAGCCGCCAAUUGUAUCUUCCUCCGCUCCCUCUUCUUCGCGUGUGAGGAAUGAUGGCCAUUUAGCAAUUGAUAUAACUAAUUUACGGACUGAGGGAGAUGAUCAGAAGUCGCCUGUGGCAGUGACCCCCACAGCCGCCCUCUACAGAUCAUUAAGCAGACUCUUGAGCAGGAAUACUCGAACAAGCAGUCCGUAA